UGCAUCUGGGACCGGGCACUGCCCCUCUGGGACCUGCUGGAUGAGGAUGAGACCAACAAGACCAAGGCCAUGUUUGGCAUCUCCCUGGUGACGGAUGCCACCCUGAAACGCUUCGGGGUGCGUUAUCUGAGGACUGCCAAGUCCCUUGUCUUCCCCUGGUAGACCCUGAAGGGCCUGAAGCUUUUGAGGGUGGAGAAGAAGGGGGAUGCAAUAACUUACGUGGAAGAGACUUUACCGCGCUUCGAUUCUUAUCACAAUCUCUUUGGACUGCCACUGAUCGGCCGCCGAGACACAGAACUGGUCUUAACUGGGUGGGAGCUGGAUGCCCUGGCCCUGCACCAAGCUACAGGGGUGGCCAGCCUAGCCCUGCCACGGGGGGCCACCUGCCUGCCCCCUGCCCUCCUCCCCUACCUGGAGCAGUUCAAGCGCAUCACGCUGUGGCUGGGCGAGGACCUGCGCUCCUGGGAAGCUGCCAAGCUCUUUGCCCGCAAGCUGAGCCUCAAGCGUUGCUCCCUGGUGCGCCCCAGCGACCUCCAGCCUCGGCCCUUGGAGGCUCUGAACCAGAGCCUGAACAUCACCAAGAUCCUGCGUGCCGCCCUGCCUGCCAGCCACAAAUCCAUCAUCUCCUUCCGGCAGCUGCGUGAGGAGGUGUUCGGGGAGCUGGUCAACACAGAGCAAGUGGCUGGCAUCAAGUGGGCGCGCUUCCCCGAGCUCAACAAGCUUCUCAAAGGGCACCGCAGAGGAGAACUCACCGUCUUUACAGGCCCGACGGGCAGUGGGAAGACGACCUUUAUCAGUGAGUACGCACUGGACCUGUGCACGCAGGGGGUGUGCACGCUGUGGGGCAGCUUUGAGAUCAACAAUGUCCGCCUGGCCAAGAUCAUGCUGACACAGUUUGCUGCCCGGCGCCUGGAGGACCAGCUAGAGCUGUACGAUGAGUGGGCUGACCGCUUCGAGGACCUCCCGCUCUACUUCAUGACUUUUCAUGGCCAGCAGAACAUCAAGACGGUGAUUGACACCAUGCAGCAUGCCGUCUACAUGUACGACAUCACCCACGUGGUCCUGGACAACCUCCAGUUCAUGAUGGGACACGAGCACCUCUCUGUGGACAGGCUCGCUGCCCAGGACUACAUCGUUGGUGCCUUCCGCAAGUUCGCCACAGACAACACCUGCCACAUCACGCUGGUCAUCCAUCCCCGCAAGGAGGAUGACGACAAGGAGCUGCAGACGGCCUCCAUCUUCGGCUCUGCCAAGGCUAGCCAGGAGGCCGACAACGUCCUCAUCCUGCAGGACCGUAAGCUGAUAACGGGGCCAGGGAGGCGCUACCUGCAGGUAGCCAAGAACCGCUUUGAUGGGGAUGUGGGUGUCUUCCCUCUGGAGUUCAGCAAGGCCUCGCUCACCUUCUCAUCUGCCGGCAAAAGCAAGGUCAGGCUGAAGAAGAUGAAGGAGGACAAGGCAGCGCCUUUAGACAAGAAAGCUCCGGAGGGAGGCUCGGGAGCCUCCAAGAAGUCCUGAGUCUGGCAGG